CAGAAGCAGCAACAAGUUGCCCGGUCAGGCAGGCUGUCAGACAGACAGGCGGUUUCCUCCAUCAUCAGGUGGUCACCGCGCGUAAAACAGCUCCUAACCGCAGCUUGUGAAUGGGAUUAUGAGCACUUGGUUGUGAUGGACGGAGCAAAGUAACUUCUUCUCUCGAAGGCACAAAGUGAAGAGUGUUAAAUUAGUAUUUAAGUGUGUUUGACGGCCGUGCGUAAUGCUCUCCGUGUAGAGCCUUUUUGGAGACUUCUCUUUUGUUUUUACGCUUUUGAAUGAUGGCACUCGCUAGAUUCAGCAAAAUCCUCCGUCUGCCUACUCUUGAGAUUAAGAAGAAGUUGAAGCAGUAUGACCACGUUCACAGGGACAUCAACCCGAACGAUUUAUGGGAGAUUAUCGGCGAGCUUGGAGACGGUGCGUUUGGGAAGGUCUACAAGGCCAGGAGCAAGGAGACGGGAGCUCUGGCUGCGGCCAAAGUGAUCGAGACAAAAUGUGAGGAGGAGCUGGAGGACUACAUCGUUGAGAUCGACAUCCUGGCUAAAUGUGACCACCGCUACAUCGUCAAGCUGCUUGACGCAUUUUACCAUGACAACAAACUGUGGAUCAUGAUCGAGUUCUGCCCCGGAGGUGCUGUGGAUGCCACAAUGCUAGAGUUGGAUCGCGGGCUGACGGAGCCUCAGAUUAAGGUGGUCUGUCGCCAGAUGCUGGAAGCUCUGGACUACCUCCACAGCAUGAAGAUCAUCCACAGAGACCUGAAGGCCGGUAACAUCCUCCUCAUGCUGGAUGGGGACAUCAAACUGGCUGAUUUUGGCGUGUCUGCGAAAAACACCAAAACCUUACAGAGAAGAGAUUCUUUCAUUGGAACGCCAUACUGGAUGGCCCCAGAGGUGGUGAUGUGUGAGACGAUGAAGGAUGCUCCGUACGACUACAAGGCCGACGUCUGGUCUCUGGGAAUCACUCUGAUCGAGCUGGCCCAGAUCGAACCCCCUCACCACGAGCUCAACCCCAUGAGGGUGCUGUUGAAGAUCGCCAAGUCGGAGCCGCCCACCCUGGAGCAGCCGCACAAAUGGUCACAGGAGUUUAAAGAUUUCCUGAAGACAGCCUUGGACAAAAACCCAGAUACUCGUCCGACUGUAGGACAACUCCACGAGCACCCGUUUGUGAAAUCGGUGACGUCUAACCGCCCGCUGCGGGAGCUGGUGGCCGAAGCCAAGGCUGAGGUCAUGGAGGAAAUAGAGGACAAUAGGGAGGAAGGAGAGGAGGACGACGCCAUGGACCUCACUGUGACCAGUCAGGCCAGUUUGGAAGACCAGUCUCCGGACGUCUCGAGCCCCGCCACGCCCUCCCCCACCACACCAAUACCUGUACCCAGGAAGGGGGUCGAGCCACAGUUACCAACAGAGGAGCAGCCGGCCGCCGUCAUGGAGGUCCCUGUUCCCCUACCACAGCACAAUCUCCCUCCAAAGGAUCCCGAGGAGCUGGAUGACAAACUGGCCGAUGAAGUCAUUCUGGAGUCUGAGAAAUCGGAGAGCGAGGCCUCCACUAAGACCUCCAGCUCAGAUUCAGGCAUUGAGGAUGGGAAGAGUACUCCCACAUCGGAAGAAAAGGUUGCUGUGGAGACCCCAGAGACGGAACAGCCACCAUCUCUCCAGCCUGAUGCAUCUGAGGAACAUGUUGACAUCAUCAUGGACUCAACAGACUCAGCGCCGCCCAAGAUCCAGGUGACCGAGGAGGAGAGCAACGCUGUGGCUAACAGAGGCUUACCAACUCCGAACCCCGCUGUCACUCCUACAGCCAGUCCCGCUCCCUCCUCUGCUGCUUCGCCACAGUCUACACCCCGUUCUGAGGUGAAUGGUGGCCCACCCAAGGGUACCCGAGAGCGGAAGUCGACAGGAGGAAUUGCUGAUCGGACGUCGACGGGAGGAAACGCUGAGGCUUAUAUCAAUGGAGGGAUUAUCAACAAGCGGUACUCUUAUUCAGGCAGCGUGGCAUCGGAGAGCAUGGACAUGUCGAUCCACAAGGAGACCAUCUCAAUGGCUGCAAGGGACUUCUCGAGGAAGACUCUGAAGCGAACCAGGAAGUUCAUCAUCGACGGCCUGGAGGUGAGCGUGACCACCUCCAAGAUCAUCAGGGAUGAUGAGCAGAAAGACGAGGAGAUGAGAUUCCUGAGACGUCAGGAGUUGCGGGAGCUCCGUUUGCUGCAGAAGGAAGAGCAACGCGCUCAGGCCGGUCUCUACGCCAAACUGGAAAUACAGAGAGACCAAAUGCAGAGACGUUUUGACCAGGAGAUGAAUGCCAAGAAGAAGCACUACGAUGUGGAGCUGGAGAGCCUGGAGAAGAACCAGAAGCAGACCAUUGAGAAGAUGGAGGGAGACCACCAUGUUAGACUCAAGGACGAGACCAAACGCAUCAAAGUAGAGCAGGAACGCGACCUCCACAAGUUCCAGGAUCUGCUAAAACACAAGAAAAAGGAGGUAAAACAAUCUGUUGAUAAGCUGCCCAGAAGUCAGCGUAAAGAAUCCUUGAAGCAUAUGAUGAAUUCCUUCCAGGAGAAUAAGAUAAGAGAGGAGGAGAAGUUCUCGUCAGCGCAGAAGAACCACCUGGACAAAACGUUGAACAGAAUCAUCUCCAACAACAAGAGAGAGAUUGCAGAGAUGGAGAGGGGAUGCCUUAACAGGAAACACCAGCUAGUCAGAGAGCGUGAAGCUACAAUAUGGGACAUGGAGGAGAAGAACCUUUACGAGAGACACCAGUUAUUGAAGCAGCAGCUGAAAGACAAGUACUUCCUCCAGAGGCAUCAGCUUCUCAAAAAACACGGGACGGAGCAGGAACAGAUGCAGUGCUACAAUCAGCGAAUGAUUGAGAUUCUGAAAGGUCGGCAGCAGCAGGAGAAGAACCGGCUGCCUAAGAUCCAGCGCGGCGAGGCCAAGACCCGCAUGGCCAUGUUCAAGAAGAGCCUCCGCAUCAACUCAACCGGCAGCUCAUCAGAGGACAGAGAGAAGAUCAAACAGUUUUCUCAGCAGGAGGACAAGCGGCAGAAGGCAGAGAGGCAGCAUCAGCAGCAGAAACACGAGAGCCAGAUGAGAGAGAUGAUUGGCCAGUGUGAGAGCAAUAUCAGAGAGCUGCAGCAGCUACAGAAUGAAAAAUGUCACCUGCUGAUUGAGAACGAGACUCAGAGGCUCAAAUAUCUGGAUGAACAACAGAACCAGCUGCUGAAGGACUGGAGGGAUCAGCUGAAACCCAGAAAGAAGGCCCUUGAAGAGGAACUAAACAUGAAGAAAAAGGCAGGAGAGAUUCUUCAAGAUGAGUUCGAGCUCCAAUUGCCCGAACCCAAGUUCCCCCAACAAACUCUCCAAGUUUGUGCCUUACCAAGACUCUUCCAACACAUAAAAACAGCCACUGUGACAUCACACAAUAUCUCCUGGCCACUGUUAGCACCACCACACACUCACCCUUACACCCACAGGCGUUGCAAUAGCACCACAACACACUCACCCGUACACCCACAGGCGUUGCAAUAGCCUGCUGCCUCAGUUUUAGUUUGCUUGGCCUGUAAUGGCAGCAUACCUAUCCCUCCAUUAGGUUCCUUUAAUUUUUUAGUGAAUAUAUUUUUUUUUAGUAUUUGAUGGAUUUGAAAGUGAUCAUGUGCUUCACAUGACUCGAUUCCAUAGCAUCUGCUCCCCUACAGUUUUUUUAAUGUCCUUUUUCUGUUCAAGUCUGCUUCUUAUUGCUCACUAGCGGAACAUGAGGGUAAUAGGAUACAGUGACCGUGAGCUGAAGAUACCAAACUAAUGAUCAGUCUUAAUGAGUAAAUAUUGAAGAAGAAAUACUAUUUGGUUGAGAAGAAUUUCUUAAAGUUGGUGAUAAGCACUUUUUGUUUAAUUAUCAGUGGCGUCUUCCAAAUAUCAUGACCGAAAAACACACCCAAAAUUUAAUAAUCUACUGACCUUUUUUGUUUUGCUUGGCUCAUUGACCUGUUUGGUCAGAUGCAUGUCAUAUAGCAGCUAAAGUCUGCUUUUAUUUAUUUUCACUGACAAAGAACGACCUUCUCCAGAUGUAUCACUGUAAAUGCUAAUUUAACUAUUUUCUCUUUUUUAGACACCUCUGGUAUGAAGGAUGUGCUUCUUAUUUUGUAUCUUGUUUGGAAUGGGGGAUAAGGCUAAAUCCAGAUCAGAAUUUAAUUGUUUCUUUUAAAUGAUUAUUUAGGAAUGAGAUUUUAACAGACAAGGGAAGACUCAUUGUUAAUCACACAGCGUUUCUAGUAUGGUUUUUGUUUUGUUGUAUUUUUUACUGUAAAUUCAGUCACACUGGAUGGGAACUGACGAAGCCAAAGCAAAAAUACUGUUGUUCUUUGAAGGACGUUAGAUAGGGGAUUUAAAUUUGAAUUAAAAAAAAAUGUAUUAAAUAUAUAAUUGUUAUACCAUGUGCAGUAAAUGAACUGCCUGCUAACCAAAGUGCAAUAUUCCAUGUAUGUCUUUGCUAAGCUUAAAGAGGUUUAUUUUUCUUAAACUGUGCCUUCCUUUGCACUGAGAGGGGGAAUAAUAUGAAGAGUUUAACUCCAAAAAUAGAUGUAACAUCUUUUUGAAAGAAACCGCAUUGCUUAAAAAUGAUUCAAUCAUUAGUUAUUUGUAAGCAAUAAUUUUAUUUUCAAAUUCAUUAUCUGAUUUUAGAACAUAACUCUUCAUAUAAUUUUUAAGGGAGUGCAACAAUUCAGCCUGCUGUAAGAUGCCUCUAGAUGCUUAAUCUUAAACUGAAACCUAAAGUUUGCAGCUGAGGAACUUGUUGCCUUGUUGUGUGAGAGAAAGUGUUGUUUUUUGUUGGGUUUUUUUUUAAAGCAGUUUGGCCUGCAGAUUACAUUCUUAUUUUACAUUAUUGGAUUUAACCAGGUCAGCAAUCAGGUACAGCUUAAUUUCUCCCUCUCACACAGUCUUUCAAAAAGUAUUUAAAUUUCUUGUAAAAAAUUCUUUUCCGUCAUGUUUAAUGGCUCCAUGUAUGCCUUCCUCUCUGCCUCAGUUUACAUGAUAUUGUUUGUAUGGAGGGGUUGUGAGUGUGAAUGAAACUGUAUCAGAAGGAACCACUGUUGUAAAUUACUCUUAAUAAAGGCAGAUUUUGUAAUUAG